AUCUGGGAGGUUAAGAUUAAGGUUCGAAAGAAAAGCGAGCGCGGGAUAAAGAAGACCAAGGGGGUCAACUACCUAUACGAAUGUCGUUGGCGCACCUCGUACUUUGAACCGUUCAAGAAGACGAAGACCUGGCCGUUGCUAUUAAGCGUCACUAUCCGUUUCUGGGAAUAA